CGAAGUUGGGACAAUUUACGGAGGUGUCUGUUGCCGGAUAGUCGACGACAAUAAGGCUAUGUAUACAGAUAAUAUGUGUAGAGUCCUAUUUGGGUGUCCUCUAGUGGAGUAAGCAGGAGAUAUCAACUCAUUUUCUACUUAAACGCGGAGUUUCAUGUUUUUCGUUACACAUUAGCCUGACUUAAAAAAGAAAAGAAAAACUACCCUCCCUACUCGAAUUGAGGAUGAUUUUUGCUAAUUCUGGAAAUUCACUAAGGACUCCGUAUCGCAAACAGCCACCUGCUACCGUAUCAUCACACCCCAUGGCUCCACCCAGCCCAAGCACCAACAGCAGCACCAACAACAGCAGCAGCAGCAGUACUGCUGGAUGGGAGCAGCUCAGCAAAACAAACCUCUACAUCCGAGGGCUGUCCCCUUCAACCACAGACCAUGACCUGGUCAAGCUCUGUCAGCCGUAUGGCAAAAUUGUAUCAACAAAAGCCAUCAUGGACAAGACAACAAACAAAUGUAAAGGAUAUGGCUUUGUGGACUUUGACAGCCCUGCCGCAGCUCAGAAAGCAGUGGCUGCCCUAAAGACCACUGGUGUCCAAGCUCAGAUGGCAAAGCAACAAGAACAAGACCCAACAAACUUGUACAUCUCCAACUUGCCUCUGUCUAUGGAUGAGCAGGAGCUGGAGAACAUGCUAAAGCAUUUCGGCCAGGUCAUAUCCACGCGCAUCCUGAGGGACUCCAGUGGAGCCAGUAGAGGAGUGGGCUUUGCCAGGAUGGAGUCCACUGAAAAAUGUGAUGCAGUCAUUUCUCACUUCAAUGGAAAGUUUAUUAAGAUGCCAGCAGGUGUUCCAGCACCCCUUGAACCUUUGCUGUGCAAGUUUGCUGAUGGUGGGCAGAAAAAGAGACAAAGUCAAAAUAAAUUUUCUCACAAUGGUCGCGGUUGGGCGAGGGAUGGUGACUCCAGACUGGCUGGAAUGACACUCACAUAUGACCCCAGUGCAGCUGCUAUGCAAAAUGGAUUUUUCCCAACGGCAUACAGCAUUUCAAACAGGAUGAUUGCUCAAACGUCCAUGUCCCCUUACAUGUCUCCGGUGUCAACAUACCAGGUGCAGAACCCAUCCUGGAUGACCCAUCAACCCUACAUCAUGCAGCACCCAGGUACAGUGAUAUCGCCCUCUAUGGACCCAUCUUUGUCACUGCAGCCUCCUUCCAUGAUGGCCCCCCUCACACAGCAGAUGAGUCACCUCUCCCUUAGUGGUGCAGGAACGUUUAUGGCCGCCAACACAGCUAUGCAAGGAGCAUAUAUACCCCAAUAUGCACACAUGCAGACAACAUCUGUUCCUGUGGAGGAGAAUGGUGCACAGUCACAAGUGGACACAUCCAGCAACCAUUCCCCAUAUUCCUACCAACAAACCAAGUAGUGCUGACGUAACAUUUGGACAACAGCUAAAACAAUCAUGUCUACAAAUGCAAUGGACGCUAAGGAUCUUUCACUGUUUUGCACAGGUUCUGCAAUCGUUUAAGUGAGACUAUUUUUGGUAUAAUUUUCAAUAACUACAAAAAAUGAUCUGAGUUUAUCAAAUGAUCUGAAUUAUAUAAAGAAAACGUUUUGAAAAAGUUUUAUUUUCAUACUAGAAAACGUUUAUUUUUUACCAAAGAUUGCCACAGGAUGCAAGGAAGAAUCAUUUGACUAGUUGUUCAAAGUGCAUGAUAAUAAAUGUCUUUUGUUAAUAUUUUCAGAUUUUAUUCUAUUUUAUUUUUUUGUCUGAAGACUUUUUUUUUUUUUAAUCCAGACAUUUUGAAAAUUAUGUUUUGUGCUUGCUGUGUGAGUGUUGCUAUGGUGAAGUGUUAAGUGUUGUUUUCUUGUAAAGUGAUUUCUCUUAGUGCUUUAGAUUGAUCUUGCUAUCUGAUUCAGAUUUGCCUUAAUAGUUUCUAUACAGUAGCUGCACAGGUCACCACAGAAACUGGCAAAAAGCGAAAAGUGUUUAGAGCUGUUGCCUUGGAAAUGAGCUACAUAGGACUUUUACUGAAAUCUGUGUUUUUUGCUUUUUCCCCACCCAAAACUAGUAGAAAAGAAACGAAAAGUUUUUGAAAAAAAUGAUUUGAAUGUACUGACUCCACAUUUUAGGAUUUUAUUGGAGAUAAUUUUAAUUUAGAAAGAAGACCCUUCAUGUUUCUGGAUGUUGAAAUGUGUUCCGCUGAAAGAUCACCUUUUGAAUCUUGCCUUUUUGAUUACUUGGUGUUGUAGAGUAGCUGAAAUUGAACUUGGUGGGGGAAUGAGGUGGGGCAAAUGUACUUUGUUGGUUGUGCUGUUGUUUCUUUGGGUGAUGUUAUUUUGAUGGGGUGUGUCUUUUCCACUUUUUUGAACAGCAAACAGGAACACAUGGACUUAUGAUUGUGCAAAAGUCAUCAAAGCCUUGUGAUAGAACUUA